CAAGGAAAUAAUUAAUUUUUUUCUUUUUUUUCUUUAAUUAAUAUUAAGGAUUCAACAAUUUAAGUUUCGCAACGACCGGAAUCGUCUUUUUAUUCUUGCUGAAACCCACCGUGUCCUUCCCUUGUAUCUCGCUUCCUUCUCAUCCUUUCUGUCUAUUUUCUUUAUAUUUAGUAGAUGGCUAUCUGUUGCUUUUAUUUUUAUUUUCUAACAUUGAGAGAAAGAGAGAGAGAGAGAUAGCCCAUUUUGACUGCCUUUGUCUGCUUCGGAUCUGGGGUUCUCUCUCUUUCUCUACAAGAUUGAAGCACAAACUCUAAUUUUGGGCCCUUUACGGAUCAUGGAGUGUGGCUAACUUUUUAUUCCAUUAUUCAAAACGCAGGGUUUUGUUAGUUUUUGUGAUUAAUUUUGAGAUUGACAGCCUGGGUUUCGGAAGGAGUCGAGGGUUGAGGCUUUAUUAGUGAAAAGGGCAAGUUAGUUUGCUAUUACUGUGGACUCUGUAUGUCUUCAUUUGCGAGUUAUGACUGGAAAGUGUUGUUUACUUGAUGAAGUUGGAUAUGUUUAUCGUCAAUGCUCGCAGUGCUCUGUACUUUAUCAUGUAAAAAAAGGUUAAUUUUGUAUGAUGGGUUGGCUUUGAGGUUUAAUUUCUUUUAGCGGUCUUGCUCUUGUGAAUCUAUUUUGGGCUUUAAUUGUUUAGAGUGAGAGAUUGAAGACAUCAGACUGGCGUUGGUUGCUGGAAAUAGAUCAAAUGGCUCCAAGAGAUAGAGAUUUUGAGGUUGAUCUUGAAAGUGGGGUGAGAAAUAGUGUUGAAGAUUCAUGUAAAGAUGCAGGUUCAGGGGUAAAAACACCAACAAAGCCGUUGCUUGCUAAGGUUUGUGGAGCAUUCGCCGAUGGGACAGCCAAUGGUGAAGAGAGGGUAAAUUUGUGUGGCCACGUGUCAGACACUGCUGGUGGUUCUGCAGACCACGCGAAGCUGGAGGGUGAAAUAUCUGUUGAUAAAGUAGAGAAGAAAAUGGUAAAGGAGAAGCAUAAAAAAACGAGCAAUAAAAAGCCUCCUAGGCCUCCACGAGGUCCAUCACUGGAUGCUGCUGACCAGAAGCUGAUCAAGGAGAUUUCUGAACUAGCCAUGUUGAAGCGUGCAAGGAUUGAGCGGAUGAAGGCUUUGAAGAAAUUAAAAGCUACAAAGCCAUCAUCCAAUAACAAUUUAUUUGCCAUGGUGUUCACCAUUCUAUUCUGCCUUGUGAUUCUCUUUCAAGAUCUGCUAUUUGUGUUACAGCUCCCAUCAUGUAGUUUCCUUGUAUAUAGAUGUUUAUUUGCGAAAGGAAUGUCAUCCAGAGCUACAUCUGCAAGCUCAAUGGGAUCUCCUGAGUCAUCAGAGACAGCUGGUGAUGGUUUAAUUUCAGUUCAAUACUUUGGGAAUCCAUCUGCAAGCGAGUCUAAUGGACCUGGGUCUGGAUAUCCGAACUUCAUAGAAACAAUUGCUGGCUCAGAUCCUCCCAAAAAUCCAAGAACUGUGAGAUGAGUGGGGAAAAGAAGGCAGUUACUGUAAUCAAGCUUGUGUUGUUCAAAGAAAUUUACCUGCUUUCUCGCACUUCUCAUGCAAGCCAUAUACUUGCACUUUUUGUACCAAUAUCCCUCCAAGAUCGAAGUUUGUUGGGUAAUUUAUCCCUUACAUGCAUAGUGUUUGGAAUGAGUUAGAUUACCGAAAAAGUGUACUGGUGGAUUUUUGGGGGAAAACAGUUUAGUGCUGUGGCCUUUUAGGUUGUGAGCCGCUUAUGAUAAGUUCCCUCUUUACAGCCGCCUUACUGUAUAAUUCUCCAUAAUGAAAACAAAGGCAGGUUUGUUUGUGAAUUGAUUUGCUAGAUUUAAAUGAAUCUCGUAUCUUGUUCUACAAACCAUUUUUUUUAUUUGAUGAACAAAAUGGGAUGGAAUGGGCAGGGGUGCCUAAAUAUGAAGCAGCAAUGUAUAUGGAUCCCAAUGUUUUAGGUAUUAGAGAGGUGAAAUGACUGUUGAUGGUAGCCUAUUAUCUGUAAAGUAUAACAUGGAAUAUGUUUAUGUUUAAAUUAAAUUGCAAUGAAAAGACCUGGUAUUCU